UUUAAAUUGCUACAGUUUUUUUUUUUUACUUUUCCGCGUGACGUAGGGUCACAGUUGGUUCAUUACAUCGCGUCCUUUUGUUGGCCCAGUAGCCGCGGCGCUUGUGUUGUUAUUUUCUCUACAACUGAAAUUUUGAAGUCAUAUUUCGUUUGGGGAUUUGUUUUUUGGCCUUGUGUAUUGUCAGUCGCGUGUCUCUCAUCUGUACAGUUUCUUGUCCUUAACUAAAAUUAACCUAGUAAUGGACUCGGACGAGGGUUACAAUUAUGAAUUCGACGACGAGGAAGAGGAAUGCAGCGAAGAUAGCGGAGAAGAGGAGCCCGAAGACGACACCCUGGAGAUCGGAGAUGUGGAGCUGGUCGAUCCCGUCGUGGCCGGUGGUGAGCGGGACGAGUGCGCGGACACCGGGAGCAGUAGCCUCGGGCCUAGCCAAGAUGAAGAGGACUACCGUUUCGAAGUGUUGACUGCCGAACAGAUCCUCCAGCAUAUGGUGGAGUGUAUCAGGGAGGUCAACGAGGUCAUCCAGAAUCCUGCAACGAUCACAAGAAUACUUCUCAGCCACUUCAACUGGGACAAAGAGAAGCUGAUGGAAAGGUACUUUGACGGGAACCUGGACAAGCUGUUCUCAGAAUGUCACGUCAUAAACCCCAGCAAGAAGUCUCGGACACGACUGAUGAACACGAGAUCUUCAGCACAGGACAUGCACUGUCAGAUCUGCUACCUGAACUACCCUAAUUCGUACUUCACUGGCCUGGAGUGUGGACACAAGUUCUGCAUGCAGUGUUGGGGGGACUACUUAACAACCAAAAUCAUAGAGGAAGGAAUGGGACAGACCAUUUCCUGUCCUGCUCAUAACUGUGACAUUCUGGUGGAUGACAACACCGUAAUGAGGCUGAUAACAGAUUCAAAAGUGAAGUUAAAGUACCAGCACUUAAUAACCAAUAGUUUUGUACAGUGCAAUCGACUGUUGAAAUGGUGUCCGGCUCCAGACUGCCACCAUGUGGUCAAAGUGCAGUACCCUGACGCCAAGCCCGUCAGAUGCAAUUGCGGACGCCAGUUCUGCUUCAGUUGUGGCGAGAACUGGCACGACCCCGUCAAGUGCAAGUGGUUGAGGAAAUGGAUAAAAAAGUGUGACGACGACAGCGAGACCUCCAACUGGAUCGCAGCGAACACGAAGGAGUGUCCCAAAUGCCACGUCACCAUUGAGAAGGACGGCGGCUGUAAUCACAUGGUGUGCCGGAACCAGAACUGCAAAGCGGAGUUCUGUUGGGUCUGCCUGGGGCCCUGGGAGCCUCACGGCUCAGCCUGGUACAACUGCAAUCGCUACAACGAAGACGACGCCAAGGCGGCGCGAGACGCCCAAGAGGUAACCACAGCUGCCCUGCCGUUGCAGCGUUCCCGGGCGGCCCUGCAGCGCUACCUGUUCUACUGCAACCGCUACAUGAACCACAUGCAGAGCCUGCGCUUCGAGCACAAGCUCUACGCCCAGGUCAAGCAGAAGAUGGAGGAGAUGCAGCAGCACAACAUGUCCUGGAUCGAGGUGCAGUUCCUCAAGAAGGCCGUGGACGUGCUCUGCCAGUGCCGCUCCACCCUCAUGUUCACCUACGUCUUCGCUUUCUACCUCAAGAAGAAUAAUCAGUCCAUUAUAUUCGAGAACAAUCAGGCAGACCUGGAGAACGCCACUGAGGUGUUGUCUGGAUACUUGGAGCGAGACAUUUCCCAGGAUUCCUUGCAGGACAUCAAACAGAAAGUGCAGGAUAAAUACAGAUACUGUGAGAGCCGGCGGAGGGUGCUGCUGCAGCACGUGCAUGAAGGCUACGAGAAGGACCUGUGGGAGUACAUAGAGGACUGAGCCCCUGCCCCGCCCACCCUGAUUCAACACGCCCCCCUCGCACCACAAACUCUCUGAGCGCAACCUGGCGACAAGCGCUGCCAUGGCGACGCUGCGCUGCACCAGCCUCUGCUGUUACUGCUGGUCUUUGACUCCACCCCCCCCCCCCCCAAAUUCUUUUUCAUGGAAUUAAAAUAUAUUGAAAUAAAAUAUAGAAUAUUAAAAAUAUUAAUUGUACAACAGUAUUGUUAGCAGCAGAGUUGGAGAGUGACAAUUGAAACCACCAACCUCCCCCCCAGUCCCCCCUUCCUUUUCUCUGGCUUGUACUGUGACUUUUUUUUUUUUUUUUUUUUUUUUUGUAACUUCCUUCUUUUCUUUUUUUGGUAUGACUUUUGGUUCUCUUUAGAGAUUAUUUUACAUCUCCCUGUGUGCAGAGGAAAGGACUUUGCUUUCGAAAAGGCUUUCGGAGUCCUGACCAUUUCAGCCGACCGUGGUGAGACCUCCUGUAGGGUCGAUGAAAGUGGAUCGGCUGAAUUUGGGACAAAACUUUUUUGGUAAAAAAAGAAAAUGAGGGGAAAAAAAAAAAAACGAAAUCAGUAUUUUCAAUUUGUAAAUAAGGCAUAUGCAUGGAAGUUUAACCGCAAGCGUGGCACGUGUUUGCAUAAUUCUUAAAAUUUAAAAUAUUUAUUCUUUACAAAAUAUUCGAGAAGAUGUAUAUUUGCUGUGUAGAUUAAGUAUUCCUCCCUGUUUUUUAUGUUGGAAGCGAGGGUAACUGGGGGCUGGCCAGAUUAAAUAAAUUUAACCCCAGACUACACCGCCUACUUCACCCACUACCGCACCAUGCUCUGAAACAGUAAACGAUCAGUGCUUCAGUACAAAGAGCAGCUGCACUUCAGUACAAAGAGCUACAGUGCAAAUAGCAGCAGUGCUUCAGUACAAAGAGCAAAGAGCUUCAGUGCAAAGAGCGAGAGUGCUUCAGUGCAAAGACCAGCAGUGCUUUAGAGCAAAGAGCUGCAGUGCUUCAGUGCAACGAGCAGCAAUGCUUCAGCACAAAAAGCAAGGAGCCGCAGUGCUUCAGUGCAGAGCAGCAGUGCUUCAGUACAAAACGCAAGGAGCCGCAGUGCUUCAGUACAAAAGGCAAGGAGCAGCAGUACUUUAAUGCAAAGAGCAGCAGUGCUUCAGUAAUAAGAGCCAAGAGCAGGAGUGCUUCAGUAAUAUGCCAAGAGCAGCAGUGCUUCAGUAAUAAGAGCAAAGAGCAGCUGUGGUUCAGUACUUAGAGCAGCAGUGCUUUAGUACAAAGAGCUUCAGUGCAAAGAGCAGCAGUGUCUCAGUGCAAAGAGCAGCAUUGCGGAAGGAAUUCUAGCAAAUUGAGCUACGAGUCAGUCUCAUAGUAUCAGUUACUGCUGUUAAAUCUGGAUUAAAAAAAAUGUGAAAAUAGAGAGCACUGGUGUGGUAGAUAUAACUGAGAAUGAGGCAUGAUGGGAUAUGCCAGCUCUACAGCUGCUUUAGUCACCCCCUCCCUCCAGUCCGAGUAGUUUAUCAUUUAACCCUGAAUCCACAUACUGUUUUUUAUGUAGCUGCAGUUUGAAAAUGACACUACAGUUGUUUCAUGAGAGCCAAAUUGAGUGAUAUUCACUCACUGAAAAAGUACUUUUUGUUUUUGUUUGUUCGCAGACUGCUUUGAGGCUUUUCUCGUGUGGUUUUGUAAGCACCUUUGGGGGGGGGUGGGGGUGGUAAAUGUGCCCAGGGGGCAUUGUAAUAAUGGCAUGUACUGAAAGCACUGUUGUACAAGUCAGUUGGUGGCGUUGUUUCAGGCUUGGGCUGUGGAGCUGGCAACGGCAAGACGGGGGUAAUAAAAUAUAGGACAGACGAUCCUGAUAUUACCCGAGAACAGAAUAACUCCUCCAAUCACAGAAUAUGUUGGUGACUUCCUGUAAGGAUGUUGAAGGUGAUUGGUGGAUACUUUGCAGGUACUUCCUGGUAAUUCCUACAGGGAUCCCUGAAGAAUAGUCAAAGUAUCCACCAAUCACUGUAAACACUGUAACCAACAUUCCAUGAUUGGUGAAAGCUCCCGUGUUCUUCCAGUAAGGUGAUGUCAAGACUACUUUCGCCCUGCUAGAUUAUCCCUGCGACCAGAUGCAUCUUUGCUCCUUCCUGUUUUGUGUUUGUUUUUGGUUUUUUUUUUAAGCGAGUCUCCACAGUAAGGGCUGGAGGAACAGUCGCAGGCCUUUCCUUCUCACAUAGGAAGAUUGCUUUUACAUGCUUAAGCGCUACUGCAUUUAACGUGAGCCGUGUUUACACAGGAAUGUACAAAAUCGGGACAUGCCAAUCACCUUCUCUAGGCUCCUCCCCAGGUUAUAUUUUGUAUUAGCAGAGAAGAACCUCCCCCCACCCUGUCCUGCACAUGACCCCAGAAAGGAUCCCCCCCCCCCCCCCCCAUGUGGAUGGGUAAAGGGGGAAAUAUACCGCAUAUAAUGCUGGUGGGGGCUGGCAACGUUAAAAAAAUGUCUCCUUUCACCAAAGUGUGAACCGCCUAGUCCACAUUAUAUUACUCAGUUUUUGAGGCUUUCUGGAAACAGGAGGGGAGACCUAGUUGCUUUUAUGUGUUAUAACUGUUCUUACAUACAAAAAAGAAGGAAAAACCUGACUGUACUAUUUAAAUAAAUGUCAUUAAAAUAUCUUCUAAUUGGGA